AUGGAGUUUGUAGGUAACCUCAAUGAGAACAACUUUGGUGAAAUGGAAGAAGCUGAGGACAAGAUGAUGACCAGACCAUACUGUGUGGUAGUGGCCCUACUGCUGCUAGCAGAGGCCUCCAGGCUUGGAGAAGGAGCUUCUAAUCCUGGGUUUGUGGUCAGGAUCACCAGAAAAGGCCUGGAAUAUGCCCGCCAAUAUGGAAUGGCCACCCUGAAGAAGGAACUGUCCACCAUCAAUGUGCCUGAUUUAUCAGGAAGCUUCAAAGUUGGUUGGAUGGGAAGUGUGAGCUACGAGUUUAAAAGCACCCUACAGGGUACUUUUGAUCUGAGUGUGGAUGGUGUUUCCAUCUCGAUUUAUCUGAACUUGGGCAAGGACGGGUCUGGACGACCGACUGCCUCUGUGGCCCACUGCAGCAACUCCGUUGGCCACGUCAGCAUUCACAUUUCUGGAAACCUAAGCUGGCUCCUGAACCUCUUCCAUGGAAGAAUUGAAAACAAGUUAAAAGAUAUCUUGAAACAAGAGAUCUGCAAAUUCGUCAGGACAUUAACAUCCUCACACCUGGAGCCCUAUCUCCGGACUCUGCCAGUCACCCUGAUGAUUGACCAGGUUGCUGGCAUUGACUACAGUUUAGUAGGAGCUCCCCAAGUGACCUCUCAAGGCCUGGACACGCCCUUCAAGGGUGAAUUCUUUAGCCGAAACCAGCGCUCCCCAGUUCCCUUUGAUGCUCCUCCCAUCAGGCUGCCCCAGGAGCAUGACCGCAUGGCCUACUUUGCAGUUUCCCCAUAUGUCUUCAACACGGCCAGCCGGGUUUACCACCAGGCUGGGCACAUGAACUUCACCAUCCGAAAUGAGGACAUACAGAACCUGACCGCGUUUCUCAGCAAUCACUCGGCUAAAGAAUGGUGGAACCCAAGCUGUCUGGCCUCCGAGGCCACACCUUUCACCACCAUGAUGUCCUGCUUUGUAAGCAACUACCUGUUUCUUCUGCUGCAGAGUCCUCUGGACUUUCCAAUUCACUUGCACACCAAAUCACUAGGGGCCGUGAUUCCUCAGCUGGCCAGGUUGUACCCCAAUACAGAGCUAGAACUUGAGAUAUCACCUGAAUCAGCUCCAUUCUUGAUGUUCACCCCUGGAAAUGUUACCUUCAUGCCAGUGAUGAACAUCCAGGCAUUCGCCCUCCUGCCCAACUCUUCUAACCGCAAGCCACUCUUCCAACUCAGGGCGGUGAGGUUGCUGGAAUCCAUCUUCAAUUACUAUGCAUCCUACAUCAUAUUUCCCUUUCUCAAUGCAAAGCUUGAGAAGGGCUUCCCACUACCUCUGCCCAGGGACACCUACCUCAACGACUUGGAGCUCCAAAUCCACAAGAACUUCUUGUUCGUAGGGGCCAACAUUGACUAG